GCGCCGGCGGAGGAGGGCGCCCCGCCGCCGCCGUCACUACCCGAGCUGGAGCCGGGCCAGGUAGCUCCUCUGCCGCCCACCACCGACCCGCCGCCGGCGCAGAAGGAGUCAGUGUUCGUGCGGCUCAGCAACCGGAUCAAGGCGCUGGAGCUGAACAUGUCGCUCAGCUCGCAGUACCUGGAUGAGCUGUCACGCCGCUACAAGAAGCAGGUGGAGGAGAUGCAGAAGACCUUCAACAAGACGAUUGCGGCGCUGGAGGUGACCGCCCACGACGCUGAGACGCGGGACGAGCUGCAGCAGGAGAUGAUCCGCUCGCUACAGGGCCAGAUCCUCAACCUCACGCGCGUGGUGGCCGGCGUGGUGGCCGAGAAGGAGAGCAUCACGUGGACGUUGGUGCAGCGCCACCUGGUGCUGAUGCUGGCGGAGCUGCUGAUGCUGGCGCUAGCGUUCGCGCUGUUGGCGCGACGGCCGGCGGCGUUGGCGCGUGCGCAGCCCGCACGGUCCGCACGACAGCCGGUGCUGCGGCGCAACAAGUCGGUCGGCGGCGCGCGCCGGCCGGCCGCCGGCCAGCCUGCGGCCGGCAAACACCGUCGCAGACCCAGCGACGAGGUGGUCAACAUCUCAGGGACGUACCGGGACCUGCUGAUUGCAGAGGGCCAAGCGCCGGCGGCGCGGCGCGGCCGCCACCCAGGACGGGUCGCACGGUCGUAUAGCACGUGGUCGCUGAGCUCGGAGGAGGACGAGGCACCGACCGAGGUGGCAGUGCCCGGCGUGGGCGUGCUGUUCGCCAGCUCGCCUGCCGUGGCGUACGUGGACCGGCGCGGCGCGGCCGGACGCGCCGCCACCAGCAACCCGUACUCGGCACUGUGCCGGCUGGAGAACGGCGACGGCGGUGGCCGGCUGACAAACGGCUACGCUCCGCCUUCGCCUCCGCCUCCGCCACCAGCGGCGCCGGGCCCUUGGUGCGGUGGACCGCGGCGCCGCGACAGGGACAGGGACCGCGAGGGGCGCGACCGACCGGCCGACGGCAGGCCAAAGCCGCGCGACGAGCGCCGACGCGUCAAGAAGAAGCUGCAGGUGGUGUAGUGCGUCGAGAAAGGGAAGGGGUACCGGCCGUGCAAUAUCCUGUGUUGCCGGAAAGACCGUACUUUGGCUGUGAUCAUGAUGAAUAAAUAUACAGUGAAC